AUGGACGGACUAGAGCUCCCCGACAUCGACGGCUUGCUGGUGACAGCGGACAACCCAGCGCGCGCCGACUUACCAGGACUGGAUCACGAACGGUGCGCAUCUCUGCACAACUAUCUAGUGUACUACGCCUGGGUAGCCGAAGGCCGUCCAGCAGCCGCUCUAGACGGCAACACGGCCACCUUCUUCACCACCCACGGCGACGCCGCCGAGGCUCUGCGUCCUCGGCUCGACCCAUCGCUGGCAGACUUUCUGGACACGGCUAUGUUACCUCCCGCGGAUGCUCACGACCCAGCCCCCUUCUUCUUCUGGGCGGCUGGCAUCGCCGAACCUGACGGCCUCUUUGACAACGAGACCUUCGACCUGUUUGACGAACCCGAGGACGCCCUGGUCUGUUUGUAUCCAGCCAUCGACGGCCAAGGCGGCGGGUCUGGAGGAGGGCUGUGGUAUCACCAGCCUUCCCACCGCGCCGCCGUGUUCAUGAGCCAGGUUGAAUAUGAGUUCGUACUCCCCGUCAACGAGGGACAGCACGCGGCGUUGUGGCAUCCGCUCGAGACUGUCCUCUCCAACUGGAUCACCCUCAUCCGUCUGGGAAAGGUCAAGGUCACGCCUCAAGACACGCCCUCUCAAUUUGGCAGCGAAAAGAUUGGUGGCCGCUGGGAGUGGCGGCCUUACGGCGACGCUCAGGUGGCCGAUUGUAUUGCCGCUUGGGAUCGGUUGUGCGACGCUAUCGAGGCACGCACAUCAGGCAGUACUGGUGCCGCCAUAGAUCAGCAGCAGUCGGAACCAUUACUCCCGCCCGCUGUGCUGGACGCGGCGUCAAUCCUGGACGGCUUUGCGCGCGCCUUUCUGACCGGCGCACGCCGUCCCCGGUUCCGCCACGUUGCUCCAGGUCUCGCCUUGCCUUCCGCCGAUGCGGCCGAGUUCACGUCCACGCAGCCCUUCGCGCAGCAACGGGGAUCACAGGAUAUCCCGCCCGUAUGCCUCCUCCCCGCCGCGCAAAACGGGCUCGAGGCCGACAUGACCGGAUCGCUCAACCCAUUUCACGGGAAAUUCGGCCCAGGCAACUCGGCUCUAUCCCGGGUCCCCGCCGGUGUUUACAGCGAGUCCGUCUCGAGGGACGCCUACGGCAACGCGGAGGAGGGCUUCCGCCUGCUGUUACCGUUUGGCUUGCAUGGCUACGUUGGGGACGAGGAGGAGGGAGGUGCUGGGGCGCGCAAGAGCGACGGGUCUUUUGUCGAGGCAGGCAGUGUGGCCGAGCUCUUUCAGCAUGGAUACAAGCCUUUCGGCGGCGACCAGAAUCGUCCUCAACGGCUAGAACGUUUGCUGGAUCAUUGGCUUAGGCUAGUAGACGAAGGGGUCUGGCGCGUAGGGCCGCAAGGGGUCGAGGGCUCCAUCGAGACUUUCCGAGAGGCUGAUACGACACAUUGGCGCCACUACCACAUCCCACCGAGUUGGUGA